AUGACUAAUGAUAAUCCGGAUAGCAUCUUCGCAUCUUACUUCGCACCACAAAAAUCUAUUAAAUUAAACGGAAGUACCAGCAAUUUUCAGAAAAAAACUAACGCUUUUUCAAUUGGGCCUGCACGUACUGAUCUCAACAGAGUAUCUCCUGUGCAGCAAAGUACUUGGACAUGUCAAUCAGCGACUGUAAGUAAACAGGCUGAUCAAGCAUCUGGCUUGUCACAAAAAUCUACUUCACCAGCAAAUGCUUGGUCAUGGCAAUCGAUAAAAACUGAUGCAUGGUCAGAAGAUGAUCGAUCAAAUAUGAGAUUGUAUAGAAAAUCUUUAUCAUCAAGUAAAACAACAUGCUUUUCCAGAGGUUGUAUUGCUGAUCUGUGUUCACCACCACAAACAUCUUGUUAUGUUGGUUUGGUAAUAGGCUGUUUAGUUGUUGGUGUUGCUUUAGCUGUUAUUGUAACCAUGUGGUUAUAUACAGGAUCGAAUAGUACCACUACCACUACUAGUACCUCUACAACAACAAGUACGAGCACCACUACAACAUCAACUACAACUACAACGACAAUGCAAAUAUCAGCUGUUGCUGUUAGUAGUCUAGCAGCAUACUGUGGUUGUGCAGGAUUCACCUUAUCACUAACGAAUAUGUCAUUUAGUACGAAUGGUACUACCUAUCAAUGGCAAUCAUCACCAUCCGGUCAGAAUAUCUGGUCGAAUGCUAGUUCAGUUAGUUCUUCUUCGUCGUUGGCUAAGACGAGUCAAGGUAAUUCAACAGAUUAUCAGUGUCAAAUCUUUGUUGUUAGUCCAUCAAUAACGACUUGUAUAUCGACUGUUGUCACUGUCUUAACCACCACUUAUACUGCAUAUUGUCAAACGAAAUCUGUCAAUUGUAAUUGUUGUGGCGACAAUCUCAAUAACUUUAUAUUUAUUGGUGAAUCAGGCACACAAAUCGAAGAUAUAAAUACGGGUUGCGCACCGAACAGCUAUGAUGAUCGAACUCUAGAAUCUGUUACUCUGUAUCUAGGCACAAAUUAUACAUUCGAAGCAUCAACUCAGUAUUCUGGUUCUGAAAAACUAGCGAUUUGGAUUGAUUUCAAUGAUAACUUUCAAUUUGAAUCAUCGGAACAAGUAGCUUAUUAUCCAACGAUCGGUAUCGGUAAUACAACCAUUAAAAUGACGAUUCCGUCAAGUAUUUCAGGAGGUGUAACAGGCAAUCAUCGAAUGCGAGCUACACUAGCCUUUGGAGCUGUUCCCAAUGCAUGUGGCUCAGCUAGUGCAUAUGGUGAAACGCACGAUUAUACUGUGAAUAUUGUAGCAAACGGAGGCUAA